AUGCAUGAUUCGAUCCCGGUUUUGAGGAAUGGUCUCACUGUGGCUGGAGGAAAUGGAUAUGGCAAUGGAAUCAAUCAACUUUCAAACCCAUGGGGUCUGUAUGUUGAUGUUGAUGAUGAUGAUCGAACAAUCUAUAUCGCUGAUCGAGCGAAUCAUCGUAUUGUGGAAUGGAAAUGGGGUGCGACGAGUGGCCAAGUGGUUGCCGGUGGAAAUGGACAAGGAAAUGGGACUCAUCAGUUGUCUGACCCAUUAGAUGUGAUUGUCGACAAAGAGAAAGAUAGUCUCAUCAUCUACGAUUAUUCGAAUAGAAGAGUGAUUCGAUGGCCUCGUCGAAAUGGGACAAGUGGAGAAACAAUCAUCUCCAACAUCAAUUGUUGGGGUUUGACAGUGGACGAGAAUGGAUCUCUCUAUGUCGUUGACUAUGGAAAAUAUGAGGUGAGACGAUAUCGAAGAGGAGAAUCUCAAGGAAUAGUGGUUGCAGGUGGCAAUGGAAUAUACGUGUCUGAUUGGAGAAAUCAUCGUGUGAUGAAAUGGGUGAAAGGUGCAAAACAAGGCAUUGUCGUGGCUGGUGAUCAAGGAGAAGGAAAUGGUCUUACACAUUUGUCAUGUCCUGAAGGAGUCGUUGUCGAUCAAUUGGGCACUGUCUAUGUGGCUGAUCAAUGGAAUCAUCGAAUAAUGCGUUGGCCCAAAGGAGCCACAAAGGGAAGUGUCAUUGUUGGUGGAAACGGUGGAGGAGGACAAUCGAACCGGCUCAAUUGGCCCAUCGGUUUGUCAUUCGAUCGACACAGCAAUCUCUAUGUCGUCGAUUACAGAAAUCAUCGAGUACAAAAUGUCAAUUUAAAUUCAUAA